AUGGUUUAUAAACGAAUGAAUUCGAAAGAGUUGAAAGGAAUGAGUGAGAAGAUCGAUUAUUAUGAUUCGAGUGAUGAAGAGGAUCUGAGGAAUACGAUAGGUAACAUCCCAAUCUCUUGGUAUGAUGGUCUCGAUCAUAUCGGCUAUAAUAAAGAUGGAAAUCCGAUCAAAUCGACUGAAAAAAAAGAUAAUAUGGAAGAAUUCCUCGAUAGGAUGGACGAUCCUAAUUACUGGAAAAAAGUUUUCGAUCGGCAAAGCGGUGGUUUUGUUACUUUAAGCGAUGAAGAAGUGAAAAAGCUAAAUGCACUGAAUGCCUCAAAAUAUCCGUCACUUGGUUACAAUCCAUAUCAGCCAUUUUUGGACAUCUUCUCUUCACAAACAGAAAUUCAUCCAAUAUCGAAUCGUCCAGAUUCCAAACGUUCAUUUAUUCCUUCAUUGGAUGAAAAGCGUCUUGUUGGGAAGAUGGUGCACGCCAUCAAAAUGGGUUGGGUACGGCUAUCUCGACCAAAGCAGAUUGAAAAAAAGGUUUAUGACUUAUGGGCGGAUGAUUCGUCCAGCGAAAAAACGAAAAGUGAAUUGGCUAGGAUACGAAUGCAUUUUCCUGCACCAAAAGUUUCUUUACCGGGACAUGCUGAAAGUUAUAAUCCGCCGAGAGAAUAUUUGUGUGAUGAGGAAGAACUGAAGAAAUGGGAGGAAAUGGAUCCAGAAGAUCGGCAACUGGACUUCGUUCCAAAAAAAUAUGAUUGUUUGAGAAAAGUGCCAGCAUAUGAUCGAUUUUAUAACGAUCUUUAUCAGCGAUGUCUUGAUUUAUACUUAGCCCCACGACAAAGGAAAAUGAAGUUGAAUGUUGACCAUGCGGAGUUGCUUCCUGAACUUCCUAAUUUAGCGGAAAUGCGUCCUUUCCCAACGACACAAAGUUUCCGUAUACUUGGUCAUUCCGGGCAAGUGAGGAGUUUGUCGUUUGAACCUGAAUCAACGGAAAUCUUUGCAUCAGGUGGCGAGGAUGGAAAGCUACGACUGUGGUCUAUAUGUGAUGGGAGAUGUCUCAAAACAAUAAACUUGGAAGGUCCAAUAACUAGUGUGGCUUAUUGCCCUCUUACGAACUGGACACUUUUGGCUGUUACAAUGGAAUUGAAUAAAAUGAUUUUGACAAAUUCUUACUGUGGAGAUCGCCAUCAUAUCACAGCUACUACGGAAUAUUUAUCAAAACUUCGAUGUGAAUCUUCAGAAAGUGAUACUUUAGAAUGGAAAUAUGAGGGAAAAGGAAAGAUGUCAAUUGAUCUUGGAUAUGUUGCACGUCAAGUAGUAUGGCAUCACAAAGGCGAUUAUUUUGCAACGUUUGCUAAUUCGAAGUCGCCGAAACUUAUUUAUAUACAUCAACUUUCAAAAUGUAAAUCUCAGCGACCCUUUUCUCGCUUAAAAGGCCUUAUGACAGUAUUAUCAUUCCAUCCAUGUGAGCCUCUUCUGUUUGUUGGAACACAAAGGUAUAUACGAAUGUAUGAUUUGUCAAAGUGUCAGCUGAAAAAGAAGAUCAUGACCGGAUCACAAUGGGUAAGCUCCAUGCAUGUCGACUUUCGAGGUAACAAUGUGUUUGUUGGCGGCCACGAUAGGAUUUUUUCAUGGAUCGAUUUGCAACUUUCUAGUAAGCCAUGGAAAAGUGUCAAACAUCAUACAGCUGCUAUUCGCGCAGUGACACAGCAUAUAAGGUAUCCAUUAAUAGCAACUGUAUCUGAUGAUUCAACCGCACUUGUGUAUUAUGCCCGAAUCAGCAGUGAUCCAUUCAAAGAGAAUGAAUUCGUGCCAGUACGAAGGUUACGUACUCAAACACCUCAAAGAAAUGGUCUUUCAAUUCUAGCCGCAAUAUUUCAUCCCACGCAACCGUGGUUGAUAACUGCACAUGUUGAUGGUUCAAUUGCUUUAUUCACUUAA